CCUGUGAGCAGUACCCUGGGUCUCAGUUUCCUCUCUCUGUGUCAUGGAUGUGAUCUCAUGAGCUGGAGCUUGUCCACACCAGACACAGAGCAGUGCUGCUUAGUUGCCCCCUCCCCCCCGGACUGACCUGGGGCCCACUGCCUCGGAUCACAGGUACAGGGUGGUGCCCGCCAUUCUGGAGUAGGGCAGUCGAGCCCAUCCAGAGUCUUCUGGAUUCCAGAGACCCAGAGCAUUCUGGGGAGGGACUUGGGAGAGGUCCUUGUGCCCGCCACCACAAUGGGGAGGCUGGGUUGCACCAGGUGGGGUGUCCGGCUCCCAAGAGCGACCGCCUCUGCCUUCUCACAGGACAUGUCAGCUCAGAAAAAGCUUGAGAAACGUGUCCAGAGUCACGCGGCCAGGGGCGCUUCAGCGGAGGCUGGAACCUGACUCUGAGGAAGGCUCAACCCCGGGCCUCCGUGUCGGGAAGGGGCCUAGGAAGGGUCCAGUGAUCAGGGCCCAGACCACAGGCGCACAUCAGCAGAUACUAAUUAAGCAGCCGUUGUGAGCCAGACACCAUUCUAGAUGCAGGGAAUAGCAGUGAGCAAGGCUCUGCCCACAAGGCCCUCACAUUGCAGCUGGGGACACAAGACACUGAGCAAGGACCCAAAGCAGUAUGGUUACCUGCUUCUGGAAGCACGAGGAACAGGAGGAAAGUGGCGGGUGGCUGGGAAGAGCAUUGCUUUAGUUAACAUGGUCAGGGAGGGCCCCUCUAGGGAGGUGUCAUUUGGAUUGAGGCCAGAAUGCGGAAAAGGAGCCAUGGGAAGAUUUAGGGGAGAGGCUUCUGGCAGAGGUAACAGCAAGUACAAAGGUCCAGAGACUAGAAUGAGGUCGGUGUCUUAAGGGACAAUGAGAAAUUUGUAGUGAGAACACAAUGAGGAAUGGGGAGAGUGAAUGGAGAUGCAGCCAGAGGGACAGGUGAUUUGGGGUUUUAGUUUAGGGAAGCCACUGGAAGGUUUAAAGCAGGGGAAUAGUGUGAUCUAUUUGUGGUUAAGAGAUUCCUUUGGCUACUGUAGGAGGAUGGACAGAGGGGCCAGAGAGACCAGGAGACACAGAGGGAGGCUCAGGCUGAACUGGUGAGAGGCUGGCUCCUGGGGCAGGGCAGGGAGGCCCAGCCAAGUUCAGGAUCUAGGAUGAACCAGACUGGCUAGUGGCCACCCUGUGCAUGGGGAGGGAAGGAGAGGAACCUGGGAUGGCCCCCAGGUAUGGGGCCUGAGCUACCAGCUGGAUGUUCAUGCCAUUUCUUGGCCUGGGAGGAGGUGUCAGAGAGGCCUGACCCGGAUGUCAAGUGUGAGGUCAGAUGCACCAGGACAGAUGUGACCAGACAGAUGAAGGAUGAAGGGUGGGCAGGGGGUUGGGGUUCGGAAGGAGUGGGGGUCCAUGCUGGAAGAGAUGCUAGCAUUCCCCUGGCAUUUACAGCCUGGGGACUGGAACUUGGAAGAAAACAGACAAGAGACAGGAGAUAAGGCCUGAGUUGUGUGCCCAGUGAUAUUUGAAGGCCCCAGCGGAGAGGGCAGAGUGGCCAGUGAGGUGGGGAGAACACUUGGGCUGUGAGGUGUUUCCAGAGGAAGGGUGAUCAGUGGGUCCCUGGGUGGGAAGAGGGAGGGUAAGAUGAAGACAGACAACCAACCACCUGCUGUGGCAAGAGUGGGCAUUGAGGACUAGGAAAGAGCCAUUUCCAGGGAGUUCUGGAACAAACCAAGCAGAGUGCACAGGAGGAGGCGGGAAGAAGCUGCAGUGAGGAAUGAGGACACAGACUUUGCUGAGCUCAGGGACAAAAGGAGUCAGGGGAACAGGUGGAGGCAAACACACACACGCGCGCACACACACACCAUCAUAUAAAGGAACAGAGGAUUAAACAGGCAUUCUCUCACACACGAGAUCAGACACGUACAGGGACUAACCACCCGUCCUGGGACGCAGGCAUCCCACACACAGGGACCCAUUAACUCUGUCUGUUAGCUACAGUCACAUACUGGCAGUAGGUCUGACCGGGCCCAGGUAGACCCAGACUUCCUGGAGUCACCCCCUCUAUGUGACAGGGAGUAGUGGGGGUGAGGCCUGGACAUGGGGAAAGGGUCUUGAGGCCAGUGGGCAGGUUUUAGCAGUAUGUCUUGGCAAAGGAGUCCCACUGCUUGAGCCGUGGCUAGAACUAAGGCCAAUAGCCUAAAGUAAGGGGGGGGGGCCUGUUCCUGGAGUUUCUGGUAUGUUCUAUUUUCAGCACCUACGUUUCUCCACCCUACAAUCGGGGAGGAAAGGAGGGAGCAGCCCGAGGUGUGGGAAAGUUGUCUUCCCUGCAAGGGCAGGACUGGCCUCUCCCACGAUGGGUAUCAGGGCUCCCUGGGGAGGGCUGUGCUGGGCAGCAAGACCAAAUGGGGAGCAGCAAGGACAGCAGAGACACUAGAGGAAACCCUGGCCACCUCCCCCACCUCCUGAAGUGACUUGGGUCUCACAGAACCAGACUGCCAACCCUGCCCCCAACAGCUUUGGUCCUCCUUCUUCCUAAGGUUUGUUGGAGUGGCCUGGCCUUCGAGGGGUCAGGGAUCAGGGGUUCAUCAGGCCCUCAGAGAAGGAAAGUCACGGAAUAUUCCACACCUCCCAUCUUGGUCCAGCCCAGAGCUCCAAGACCUGCUGUCUCUGGCCUCCAGUCCCCAGGAGGUACCUGGCAGACAAGCCAUGGCCCUGCAGACAGGGUGGCUCUCAGAAAGCUGGGUCAAUAUUUGUGGACUGACUGACUGACUACAUUUGAAGCCCAGCCCACAGGUGGUGAGGUGUGUCCUGCUGGGCGGGAGCAGGGACUGAGUUACAGUGCUGGGGCAGGUUGGGGGACAGGCCCAGCACUGCCUGCUGGCCCGGAAAGAGAGCACCUUCCUGCAGGAUGGACAUCGGCAAGGGCCUCCCAGCCAUUGAGCGCCACAGGGACCUCCACAUAUGGAUCAUUGAGAACCUGAGGGUGGUGCCAGUCCCCGAGAGGGCUUAUGGGAACUUCUUCGAGGAACACUGCUACAUCGUCCUCCACGUUCCCCAGAACCUGAAGGCCGCGCAGGGGGCGCCCAGCGACCUGCACUACUGGGUCGGGAAGGAGGCCGACGCGCAGGCGCAGGGCGAGGCGGGCGCCUUCGUGCAGCACCUGCAGGAGGUGCUGGGGGCCGCCGCCACCGUGCAGCACCGGGAGGCGCAGGGUCACGAGUCCGACUGCUUCCGCAGCUACUUCCGCCCGGGAAUCGUGAGAGCCCAUUCCCUCCUCAGCUACAGGAAAGGAGGCCUGGCCUCUGGCCUCAGGCAUGUGGAGACCAACAUGUACAAUAUUCAGCGACUGCUGCACAUCCAAGCGGGGAAGCACGUGUCAGCCACCGAGGUGGAGCUCUCUUGGAACAGUUUUAAUAAGAAUGACAUCUUCCUGCUGGACCUGGGCAAGGUGAUGAUCCAGUGGAAUGGGCCCGAGACCAGCAUUCCUGAGAAGGCGCGGGGCCGGGCCCUGACCUACAGCCUCCAGGACAGGGAGCGUGGUGGUCGUGCACAGAUUGGUGAGGUGAAUGACGAGGUGGAAGCCGCCGACCUCGUGCAGGUCAUGGAAGCUGUGCUGGGCUGCAGGGUGGGCAGCCUUCAGGCCACCACGCCCAGCAAGAGUAUUAACCAGCUGCAGAAGGCCAGUGUCCGCCUCUACCAUGUUUGUGAGAAGGAUGAGGACUUGGUGAUCCAGGAGUUGGCGACCUGCCCACUAACCCAAGACCUACUGCAGGAGGAGAACUACUACAUCCUGGACCAGGGUGGUUUCAAGAUCUAUGUGUGGCAGGGAUGCAGGUCCGGCCUCCAGGAGAAAAAGGAGGCUGCCUUCAGCCAGGCUCUGGCCUUCAUUCAGGCCAAGGGCUAUCCGACCUACACCAACGUGGAGGUGGUGAACGACGGCGCCGAGUCGGCCGCGUUCAAACAGCUCUUCCAGACUUGGUCUACGAAGCAGCAAAGGAACAAGAACCUCGGCGGGAUGAGUAAAUUGACUCAGGUAAGGCUGGAUGUGGGUCAGCUGCACAGUCAGCCUGAGCUAGCGGCCCAGCUCCGGAUGGUGGACGACGCCUCCGGGAAGGUGGAGGUGUGGUGCAUCCAGGACUCACACAGACAGCCCGUGGAGCGCAAGCACCACGGACAGCUGUACGCGGGCAACUGCUACCUGGUCCUCUACACAUACCAGAAGAUGGGCCGCGCCCAGCACGUCCUGUACCUGUGGCAGGGCCACCAGGCCACCACAUGUGAGAUCAACGGCCUGAACUGCAACGCUGAGGAGCUAGACCUCCUGUACCAUGGCGCCCUGGUGCAGGAGCACGUGACCAUGGGCAGCGAGCCCCCUCACUUCCUCGCCAUCCUCCAGGGCCAGCUGGUGGUCUUCCAGGGGCGCAUGGGGCACAAUGGGAAGGGGCAACCACCAUCUGCCACGAGGCUCUUCCAUGUGCAAGGCACAGACAGCUAUAACACCAGGACCGUGGAGGUGCAAGCCCGUGCCUCAGCUCUCAACUCCAGUGACAUCUUCUUGCUGGUCACAGCUAGCACCUGCUACCUCUGGUUUGGAAAGGGCUGCAGCGGUGACCAGCGUGAGAUGGCGCGUACGGUGGUCACUGCCAUCUCUGGGGAGAACAAGGAAACGGUGCUGGAGGGUCAAGAACCUCCCCACUUCUGGGAGGCCCUGGGAGGCCGGGCUCCCUACCCCAGCCACAAGAGGCUUCCGGAGGAUGUCUCCAGCUUCCAGCCACGGCUGUUUGAGUGCUCCAGCCAGAUGGGCCACCUGGUCCUCACAGAAGUGGUGUUCUUCAGCCAAGAGGACCUGGACAAGUAUGACAUCAUGUUACUGGACACCUGGCAGGAGAUCUUCCUGUGGCUGGGGGAAGCUGCCAGCAAGCGGAAGGAGUCGUCGGUGGCCUGGGGCCAGGAGUACCUGAAGACGCACCCGGCAGGGAGGAGCCCCACCACGCCCAUCGUGGUGAUCAAGCAGGGCCAUGAGCCUCCCACCUUCACUGGAUGGUUCCUCACCUGGGACCCCUACAAGUGGACUAACAACCAGUCCUGUGAGGAGGUGGUGGAUGGCAGCCUGGGAGCAAGACCUGCCAUAGCUGAAAUAACAGCAGAACUCAACAACUUCCACCUGUCUAGAGGGCCAAGCAAUGGCAGGGCAGGCCCCUUGACCCUGCGGAGCCUCAAGGGCUCCCAGGAGGUCUCAGGGAAUGAGCUGCAGCGAGGCCCCAAGGCCGGUGGCACCAGCACCGGCAGCUACCACAGCAGCCCCAGACUCAGCAUCAGUGGGAGCCUGCCCCGAGAACAGCUAAUGCACCAGGCUGCCGAAGACCUGCCAGAGGGCGUGGACCCAGCCCACAAGGAGUCCUAUCUCUCCGACUCUGACUUCCAAGAUAUCUUUGGGAAAUCCAAGGAAGAAUUCUAUAGCAUGGCCAAGUGGAGGCAGCAGCAGGAGAAAAAGCGGCUUGGCUUUUUCUGACCCCAGGCCCUGCCCCUGCCUGUGCCACCCACAUGGCCAGGACCUUGGGUACCUCCCCCAUACAUACCUGAGCCCCUGGGGAGACCCCGCUGGCACAUCCUAGUCGGAGACUCCUGGGUCAUCCCCUCCACCCCAGUCAAUAAAAGCUGGUGGUCCUCACAAGGUGUGGCAUGCGGGAUUUCAAGUCUGGAUCACUCAGUUAGUCCACCUCUGGGGGGAAGGGGCCUCUGGGACUGCAGGGGCUAGUCUGUGAUGUUCCGGAGGACUGAGCUCUCUCCACUGUCUUCCAUGGAGGGGUUUGUUUCUCACUGGUCCUUCCUGCCCAAGGGGACAGACAACCCUCCUACUCACAGCGUGAGUGUGGGGCAAGUGGAGAGAGAGAGAGAGGUGCUAGGGCUCCUCUCUCCACAUACAUGCACACGCACGCGUGCACGCACACACACACACACACACACACUCGGGUGCCCUUUAUAGGGAUUUUCUG